GCAACGAUUUCGUAAUUUCAGAUGAGAUAGUAUGUGGGUUCACUUGCUUCAUCUUGUCUAAACAGUCAAAAAACAUAAUACUUGUUAGAUGAAGGUAAGUACUUGUUAAUCCUUCUUCAUCUUCAACAAAGUCUCUUCUCGAUCUCGCGAGCAUGGCUUUGCGGCUUUUGGUAUCGCAGGUUGCAAGACGACAGAUUAAAAGUGUGUUUGCUACAAGCUAUUUUUCUGUCAAUAAGUUUGGAGAUCGUGCAGGGAAUAGGCUUUUGGGUGCCCAAGAGAGAUUUCAGUCUAGCUACCUUAGUAGCAUAGCUCGUCGAGCACGUGAUGCGGAUGAAGCCUCUGAAGUUGCAUAUCUCAAAGAACUUUACCAUCAAAAUGAUCCUGAGGCUGUGAUUAGAGUAUUUGAAAGCCAGCCAUCUCUGCAUAAUAGUCCCUCAGCUCUAUCUGAAUAUGUAAAAGCAUUGGUGAAAGUUGAUAGGCUUGAUGAAAGUCAAUUACUGAAGACACUAAGGAGAGGCAUGUCCAACUCAGUGAGUGAGGAAGAAACUUUAGCUGGUCUUUCUGCUUUAAGAAAUACGAGAAAAUCAGAAAAAGACAAUACUAUUGGAACUGCUAGUAAUCCAAUCUAUAUGGUGGCUAGAGACGGCGGGAAUAUAAAAGAUCAGAUAUGGCGUACACUUAGGUUCAUUGCAGUGUCCUUUUUCAUGAUUUCUGGUGUAGGAGCACUUAUUGAAGAUAAAGGAAUUAGUAAAGGACUUGGUAUAAAUGAAGAAGUGCAACCUAGCAUGGAAUCAAGUACAAAAUUUAGUGAUGUAAAAGGUGUUGAUGAGGCAAAGGAAGAGCUGGAAGAAAUUGUUCACUACCUUCGAGAUCCAAAGCGCUUUACUCGUCUUGGUGGUAAGCUUCCGAAAGGAGUUUUACUUGUUGGUCCACCUGGCACUGGGAAAACAAUGUUAGCUAGAGCUAUUGCUGGAGAGGCUGGGGUUCCAUUCUUCUCCUGCAGUGGAAGUGAAUUUGAAGAGAUGUAUGUUGGUGUUGGUGCACGAAGGGUGAGGGAUCUUUUUUCUGCUGCAAGGAAGCGAGCACCUGCUAUAAUAUUCAUUGAUGAGAUAGAUGCUAUUGGAGGAAAACGAAAUGCAAAGGACCAAAUGUACAUGAAGAUGACAUUAAAUCAGUUACUGGUUGAGCUAGAUGGAUUCAAGCAAAAUGAGGGCAUAAUUGUGAUUGGCGCUACUAAUUUUCCACAAUCAUUGGAUAAGGCAUUGGUGAGACCUGGGCGGUUUGAUCGCCAUGUUAUUGUUCCCAAUCCGGAUGUAAAAGGAAGACAGCAGAUUUUGGAAUCACACAUGUCAAAGGUUCUGAAGGCUGAUGAUGUUGAUCUAAUGAUCAUUGCCAGAGGAACACCUGGGUUCUCUGGUGCUGACCUUGCAAACUUGAUUAACAUUGCUGCUAUCAAGGCUGCAAUGGAUGGUGCUAAAGCUGUGAGCAUGGCUGAUUUAGAGCAUGCAAAAGACAAGAUCCUGAUGGGAAGUGAACGCAAGUCAGCUGUCAUAUCUGCGGAGUCACGGAAGUUGACUGCUUUCCACGAGGGUGGCCAUGCCCUUGUGGCCAUCCAUACUGAUGGGGCCCUCCCUGUUCACAAGGCAACUAUAGUUCCCCGUGGAAUGGCUCUUGGCAUGGUUACUCAAUUGCCUGACCAGGACCAGACCAGCGUUUCCCGUAAACAGAUGCUUGCUCGGCUUGAUGUUUGCAUGGGAGGUCGUGUCGCUGAAGAGCUAAUUUUCGGAGAGAACGAAGUCACUUCUGGUGCAUCCUCAGAUCUCAGGCAAGCAACCAGUCUGGCAAGGGAAAUGGUUACCAAAUAUGGCAUGGGCAAUGAAGUUGGACUAGUCACUCACGAUUACAAAGAUGAUGGUAGGAGCAUGAGCUCAGAGACUAGGCUUCUUAUUGAGAAAGAGGUGAAGCAAUUCCUGGAGAGGGCCUACAACAAUGCAAAAACUAUUCUGACCACUCACAACAAGGAGCUUCAUGCACUUGCAAAUGCCCUUCUGGAGCACGAGACACUUUCAGGAACUCAGAUAAAGACAUUGCUUGCCCAAGUUAGAUCUCAGAUGCUGCAGCAGCAGCAGCAGCAGCCACCCCAAACAAUUGAAGCUCAGAGCAGUUUACAAUCCAACACGGUGCCUCCAUCAUCCAGCAACCCGGCAUCUGCUGCUGCCGCUGCUGCUGCCGCCACAGCUGCAGCAACAGCUACUGCUGCCGCCGCCAAGGCUAACAGUGCUCCAGUGGGAUCUUAGCAGGACAAGAUGCCGGAGAUGGGUAGCAAACAUAACUUUGUACGGCCAGAUUGAAAUGUGCUUAUAGUAUUUUUUUUUUUUCAGGUUUUUUUCACUUGGAGGAACUCAACUCAUGCACCUUGGAGUCUAGUUGACAUAAAAGUAUAUACAUUUUCGUUUCUCAUUGUUUGUAGGGUACAAUGAUAAAUUAAAGAGAUUAUCAGUUGCCUCCAACUCAAUCUGGUACUCUCACUCGAUCUUUUUCAGACAAUAAAUUAUAACAAAUUACCUUGUUCAAUUA